AUGCACGCCUCCGUCGUCUCCGCCCCUGUCUCCCGGGGCUGGCGCGCGAGCGCGCUCGCAGCCUCCUUGCCCGACUCGUCUUCCUCCUUCUCUGCAUCCUUGUCUUCACUCUCCACGUCAUUCCCGCGUCCUUCUUCGUGUCUCCCCUCGUCCGCUCACCUUUCGUCUUGCUUCUGCAGGAGCCGCCUUCGGAGGACUCCGGCGCGACAAUCUCCCAAUGCCUCAGCAAAUGCCGAUGGCGGACGGCCUGAGAUCCAGUCUGGCGAGGGAGUGCGGACCGCUUUCGUUUCCUCCCUGCCUCUUGCGGCUUCCUCUCGCACUCGCCCUCCGCACCGCGGCGGGACUCCAUCCGGGACCUCUGUCUCAUCCGUCGCCUACGCCCCUUCCUCGUCGACGUCUGCUGCUUUGGCUCUCAGCCUGAGCCGUUCUUCGGCGCGUCGCGCGUCGCCUUCGCCGUCUGUUUCUUGCUCGCCCCCGGUCGCGUCGUGCGCGCCGUCAUGCGCGGCUUCUUCGGCGUGUGGCGUUAAUCCAUUCUCUUCUGUUUCGGAGGCCCUCGCGUCCUUGGCCAGCGGAUGUCUGCGGGCGCCGGCGCGCGGCAUGGCGUCGCUCUCGAAGGCCGAGCAGCACAGGAAGCGCAUGCGGAAAAUGAUGGACAAACGCAUGCUGUGGAAGCCGCCAAACGUGUCGACGCGCUACUUGCGGGCGGAAGCAGAUUUCAACGUGCUGAGUGUGCAGCGACCGCGCGUGCGGCGGGGCGGAGACGAAGGCACUCGUGGCAAAGCGAUUGUUGACUUCGCUGACGGUGCAUCGCUUCCGGCGGCAGCGGCCCGUGCAAGCGAGGCAGGCACAGAGCGACGUCUGCUCAAGCCCCACGAGGUUGCAAAACUCGUCGCCUCCCACGAGAAGGUCACAGGCACGCGCGAUGAUAAAACAACGGCAGCUUCUCUCCGCCGAGGCCACCUACCGUCGUCUUCACGCGUGCCUCAGCUCACGGCGCGGGACGUCGAUUUCCAAAAACGCCCUGAGGCGAAGGACUUUGGCUUUGGCGCUGCGGAGCGAGUCUUCGGUGCGGCAGGGCUCUACAAGGAAAACGACGCCGAUUACUACCGACGCUUCUUCAAAGAUCGCUAUCGGCGGCUUGACGGCAAGGAAAACGAAGCCUCUCGGCUGAUGAAGUCUGAAGCCGCUGCCGCAGACGGCGUCCGCAAGCCCCCAAAGCAGCGCUACAUCCCUCCCAAGAAAUACUGGUACCGUGACAACUACUGCUCGCCGCUGCCGUCUGAAGUGCGCGGCCUGCCGAGUCUCACGCUCAAGUUCGCCUUGAUGAACGAAGCUCGUCUUGUUAAAACAGGUCGCGUCCCGCUGAAUCUGCCGCUGUGGCGGGCCUUCGAGGCGCGGCUUCUUCAGCUCGCCAGCCCGCGAACAAACGUCCGCGCGGCGACGCUUCUGCGCGCGCUGCAUGCGAUGAGCAAAGUGCAUCAUCCUGUCCUGCCCGCGACUGUUGAAGGAACGAUCAGGGGCCUGAUGUUUCGCGAGUCGAGCUUGAAGCCGCAGCACUACGUCUUCCUCUACCAAGCCCUCGCGCGCCUGCGCUACCGCCACGUCUACCUCGUUCGCGGCUUGAAGGAGAUGAUGCUUUCCUGGUCGGUUCUGCGAAACAACUUCCUCAUCAAGGCGGCCAACGCCAUCUGCAAGCUCGACCUCGCCGAUCACAUCCUCGUUCAGCCUCUGCGAACUACGCUUGCGACUCGGAUUCCAAAUUUCUCAGCGGGGAACUGCCGGCGCCUGAAGUGGAUUACUGUGCUCAAUUUGUUUUCUGACUCGAUGACGCUCGCUUUCCUUCGCGUCUGCCACAAGCACGAGAACGUCUUCAAGGACUAUUCGCGCAACUUGCAGCUCAUCGAGCUCUUCUUGCGUCUUGAGAAGCCUGAGGUGUACGCGCAGCUGCCGGUGACCACGCAGUUCUUCCUCGAGUGUCUCCGGAAAACGCACACAGAAGAUGCAAAUGAGGAUGAGAACGAGAGUGACGAAGAGUCCGAUGAAGACGACGGCGUUGAGGAAGAAGCUCCGCAGUUCUCCGCCUCGUCUCUGCUCCAGCCUGACCAAGCUUGCGGCAGCGGAUCGUCGUCAUCGGCCUCCUCGUCCCUGAGUCUUGCGCACUUUCUCCCCAUCCCGCCUCAAACUGAGCUGCUGGGUGUCUCUGCCUCUGUACCCGAAUCCGCGGCAAAUACUUCGCUAGCUGCGCUGUCUGCUGCGUCCUCGUGUGCGGCGGCGUCUUCUGCAUCUGCGGAUUCGCGCGAAUCAGGAGGCUUGGAAGAAGCUUCGCACGCCACGCCCGCGCCGUCGGAAUGCCGCAGCGGAGCCGACGACGAUUUAGUGCCUUCCCCCACUUCCUCUGCAUCCCACCCUUCUCGGACGUCCAUGGCGCUCGCUGUGUCGCCUCCGGCUUCACGCGUCGGGUGUACCUACACCUCGCCGCUGCACCAGGAAGUCAGCCACGCGCUCGCGGAGCUCGGCGUUGAUCACUCCAAUUCGGUUUUGGCAGGACCGCUGCGCGUGGACAUGUUUCACGCGGCUUCGCAAACUGUCAUUGAGACGUGCCCCGUUUUCCAGUUUUAUGCGAACAGCGUCAGCUUCACAGCUCUCAGCAAGCGGCGACACCAGCUGCUCCUGGCCAUGGGAUUCAAUCUCGUUCUUGUUCCGCACCAGCGCUGGGACGCUGUUAAGUCCAGCGAAGAGAAGAAGAAGCUGCUUCUCUCUCUACUUCCUCCUCAUGUUCUUCGCACUGCAUCGCAUUUCGGUGUCGCUGCGCCGUCACAGUUCUAG